AUGCCUGCGUUAACCAGUAGUAAUCUCUACGAGUUGAGUUAUUUUGCGACCAAGUUGCUAACUUUAGUAGUCUCAGUAGCUUCGCGCCCUUGCGCCACUACUGCGUUUCGCUGGGUGCAGGACCCCUGUGGUGCUCCUGAUGUCCCUAACAAUGGAAUCACAUUGCAUCGCCAUUCAUCGGUAAUAACUGUCAACGAGGAUUCGGUCAGUUCGAAGCUCGCCCCUCCAACUAUUGGCGAGCUUGCUAAGCAGUCGCGUCAUCAGGCAAUUAAAAUUACACUCAAAAUCACGCUCCUCGACUCGUUGACCGCUCAGUGGGACUCAAUUCUGUUCAAAGAGGAGCUUUUCGUGCAUAUACCAAACAACACUACUGACAACUCAAAGGAGGCAUUUAUUGCACUGUUGGAGUUUGCCGAAGAAGAACUAUGCUGCAAAAAGGUCAUUGUCUACUUCGACAAGGCCAAGUCCAACAAAAACAUUCUGAUUCGCCUCUUCAGCUUUAUUGGCUUUGAACUUUUACCACCUGGACAUGAGGCAAUCCCUGAUGAUGCUCCUGAUGACAUGCUGUACAUGGCCUGCAACAUCGAGUAA